GUUUAUAAAAAAUUCCGAUGUGGCAACAUCGCUGCGUUGCCAUAUGACCUGUUCAAAAUUCAUAAAUGUCACUAAAUCAUAAAAUUUUAAAUUCUUUUAUGUAAUCGAUUUGUUGCUUUUAAUUGCAUGUUUUUUUCAUCAUGAUUUCCAACAGAGUUUUAAGACCCCUAUUUAUAUCGGCCGCCGCCGUUGUGACAGAUGCCUCGAAAUCUGAGCAUCCUCGCGAUUGCAAGUGCAAACCUAGCGAGUUGCCCAUUUAUACGAAAGAGCCCGAGUGCAAACCGCAAGAAAUGUGUAUAACAGAACCGGGACCGUUAGAGUCGACCAUUGGUACUGUAAGACGUGCGGUUGUAACAGCAUUCGAUCAGACCAAGCAGAUUAUGCAAACUACCGAAGAGUACGCACACACCGCUUUGGCGCACACCGAAGGCACAAUUACGUACUUACGGCAGGAAGAGAACGUAGUGCCCAGGUACGGUGCCGUGGCAAUUGGUGGUUUCAGUGGUUUUAUCUUUGGAUUGCGAGGCGGAUUUUUUAAGCGAUUUAUUUAUACAUCUGCCGGAGCACUCGGUAUUGCUGCCAUUUGUUAUCCGGCGGAGGCAAAAGAAUACUCAAAAAUUGGUUUAGGAUACGUGAUGAUUGCCUAUAACUUUAUUGUUGGAGCUAAAAAAGACGAUCCUCCUUUGAGCGUACCGUCUUUACCCAAAAUGCCUGAUAGCUUAUCAGAGGCUUGGGAUACAGUAAAGAGUUUAGGUCAGUCUAAUUCUGUUUCCCUUCCAGAUAAGGAGGAGAAGAUAAAAGAGGUAACAAAGUUUAGACCUGUCGAACUUCCCGCUUCCCAAACUCACAGAUCCUGUAAUUGCCCGAACGAACUCCCUGUACCCACCUCCAAUGAAUAAUUGCGAAUAAUAAGGACGUAAAAAGGAGCGAUUAAAUGCUAAAUAAUUGCCUGUUGGAAAACCUAAUAGUGAAAUUUUUAACAUGUUCAACACCGCUAGUCAAGAAAUGUUCGUAUAAUUCAUGCCGAUGUUAUUUCUUUAUUAUGUUUUAGUAAUUUUUGAAGCUGGACGCUAGUAUUUAUUCGCUGGUAUACAAAAUAAAUUGUCCUUUUAAA